AUGGGGAAGGAGUGCCUUCCUACCGUCGCCAUGGUGCUAGUGCAGCUAGGCUUUGCCGGUAUGAACGUGCUGUCCAAGCUGGCCUUGGACACCGGCAUGAGCCCCUACGUGCUCAUUGCCUACCGUAAUCUCAUCGCCGGCGUGUUCCUCGCUCCCGGCGCUUACUACUUUGAAAGGAGGAGUGGCAUGGUGAUCACCAAGAAACUACUAACCCAGAUAUUCUUUUCCUCUAUUUUUGGCGCGACGCUGAACCAGGUGUUGUACUUCAUGGGGCUCAAGUCCACAACGCCGACAGUGGCGUGCGCGCUCAGCAACACACUCCCGGCAUUAACCUUUGUCAUGGCGGUCGUCCUCAAGAUGGAGACAGUGAGGCUCGGGACGCCCUCCGGGCAGGCCAAGGUUUUUGGCACCGUCGUGUGCGUCGGCGGUUCCAUGAUCAUGCCCUUCUACAAGGGUCCGCUACUAAAGGUGUGGGCAUCCCCGAUGCACUGGCGCUACGCGGAGCACGCGACUGACGCGACAGCACUUCCCAGCGGCAACGCCGCCAUCGUCGGUGACGUCCUCAUCAUCCUCAGCUGUGUCGCCUAG